CGUGGCGCCCACGUGGCUGACUGGCCGUUUCACAGGCACAGCAGCCGUAGGAGGGGCCAGUUGCAGCCCGUCCCUGGCUCUGGCCCUGAAGCAGGAAGAUCUGGGCCCAGGAGCCAAGGAUUAUGGAACCAUACACCAUGCUCUUCCUGUAGACACCCCAGCAGGACCCUGAUAUCCUGGUUUUAAAACAUCUGCAACAAAGGGCACAGUACUUUUCUAUUAGUAAAGCAGAUACUGCAUCCUGCUCUGAGGACCAACACAAUGGCUUUACUCUCAGUGGUGGUGUUUCUGGCUGCUGUCCUGAUUCCAUCUUUACCUGCAGAAAGAAAGGAUCCAUCCUUUUCUGCUUUGUUAACCACUCAAACGAAUAUCCAAAAAGAGAUUGUAAAUAAACACAAUGAAUUAAGGAAAUCAGUCUCUCCAUCUGCCAGCAACAUGCUAAGGAUGGAAUGGGAUAGAGAAGCAACAGCAAAUGCCCAGAAGUGGGCAAACAAGUGCACUUUAGAACACAGUGAUCCAGAGGAACGAAAAACCAAUACGAAAUGCGGUGAGAAUCUCUAUAUGUCAAGUGACCCUAAUGAGUGGUCAAUUGCAGUCCAAAGUUGGUUUGAAGAGAGACACGAUUUUGUUUACGGUGUAGGACCAAAGUCUCCCGGUGCAGUGGUUGGACAUUAUACCCAGUUGGUUUGGUACUCAUCUUACCGUCUUGGAUGUGGAAUUGCUUAUUGUCCCAAUCAAGAGAGUCUAAAAUACUUCUACGUUUGCCACUAUUGUCCUGCUGGCAAUAAUGUGAGUAAAAAGAGUACCCCUUACCAACAAGGAGAACCCUGUGCCAGUUGCCCCAAUAACUGUAACAAUGGAUUAUGCACCAAUAGUUGUGAGUAUGAAGAUCUCCUUAGUAACUGUGGUUCCUUGAAGACAACAGCAGGCUGUGGGCAUGAAUUGCUCAAGGAAAAGUGCAAGGCUACUUGUCUAUGUGAAAACAAAAUUUACUGACAUGUUCAAUGUGCAAUGCUCAAGAUUAAGUGGAAAAGGGCUGCAUUACUUAGACCUAGUGGAGAAGGGUUCAUCAUUUAAUUGACACUUCCCAGAGGGGAAAUUGUAAGCCUGUUAGUUACAAAUUUGAUUCCAAACAGUAAUGCACCUUUUUCUCUAGGAUCUUCACAGAAAUCUCUCUCAUACACCGAUUUACAAAAGCAACAUGAUGCCAACUUUGGACUUUGAGAUACACUUGGUACUUUAAAGUUAAUAAAUUAAAUUAAGUUGAGGAUGUUUAAAGUUGUAACCACAGGAUUUAGGUCACUAGAAUUUUGGACUAAAAUGAAGAAUCACAUGUUCCAUGAAACAACUUGGAGAGGAAAAAAAAAACACCUGUGACAUCAUUGUCAU